AUGUUUUCAGUUCCACCGUCAUCAAAGUUGAAAGAAGAUGAAAAGUUUUACUUUAAUCUUGUUAAAUGGUGCCUAGAUGGGGAUGUAACAAAAUUGAAUUGGGAAUGGGAUGUUGAUUAUAUAUCAUACAUAGAGCUAGAGAAAUUGAUUCAUGAGGUGGGACAUACAAGUUUGAAGUGCAUUUGGUAUGUAAAUCCCAGGUUUAGUUUUGCUAGGGGUCUGACAGCUAUAGAAAAUGAUAGGGAUAUACUAAGAUUUGCUAAAGAUGUUGAGGGAUUUGAUGUGAUGGAUGUCAAUGUUGAGCAUGAUGUUGAUAUACCUGAUAUAGUAUAUGAGGAAGAGUUGGGAAAGGAUGGGAAUUUGGCUAAGAAUGUGGCUGAGGGUGAUCCUACUGUUGAGGUCGAUAAUAUGGAUAAGGGUGUCACUAAUGUUGAGGCUGAGAAUGUGGCUGAGGGUGAUCCUACUGUUGAGGUUGAUAAUAUGGCUGAGGGUGAUCCUACUGUUGAGGUUUAUAAUAUGACAGAGGAUGUUACCAAUGUUGAGGUUGAUAAUAUGACUGAGGGUGAUAAUAAUGUUGAGGGUGAGAAUGUGGGUGAGGGUGAAAAUAUGACUAAGGGUGAUAAUAAUGUUGACGGUGAGAAUAUGGUUGAGGGUGAAAAUAUGAUUGAGGGUGAUGAUAAUGUUGAGGGUAAGAAUGUGGUUGAGGGUGAUUCUGAUGAUGGUGACUUUGUGGGUGAUUCUAAUGAUGAUUCUAUAGACCUAGAUUGGACUAUUGUGUUACCUACAAAUACAUCAGCAAUAUAAACUGAGCAUGUUGUGGAUGAGGAUUCAGAUCAGUUAUACACAUCCAUGGUAGUGAAGAUGAGCAAGAGUAUGGACAUUUUCCAAAUUUCAAAAGUAGUGAGACGUUGAAUUUCAAGUUAGGUUUGGUAUUUAACAAUAAGGAUGUCAUAAAGGAUGUUGUCAAAGAGUAUGCAAUGGUUAACAACAAAAAUAUGUACUUAAAAAAAUGAUGGAAAAAGGAUGGUGGUUAAUUGUGAAAAGGGAUGCAGAUAUUACAUGAGGUUUAGUAAGAGGGCUGGAAAUCAGUUUCUGCAGAUCACUAGUUUUUUUGAUGAACAUGCUUGUGCUAGGACUACAUACAACAAACAGUCCAAGACUGGAUGGUUGGCAAAGCAAUUUGUCCACAUACUUAGACACACUCUAAACAUGAAACCAGCCGGGUUGAGAGCUAUAGUAAUUGAAAAAUUUGGUGUGAAGUUGUCAAUAAACCAAACAUAUAGAGCUAAGAGAAAAGCUGUGAAAUUGUUACAAGGGGCUGGGAGGGAUCUAUUCACACAUCUGAGGAGUUAUGCACAAGAACUUUUAAAUUCAAACCCUAACAACAUUGUUAUCAAUGUACUGAUUCAACUAAUGGACCUGUAUUGGAAAGAAUAUAUGUGUGUUUAAGAGCAUGUAAAGUUGCAUUUGCAAAAUGUUGUAGACCAUUAAUAGGUCUGGAUGCAUGCUUUCUAAAAGGUGACUAUGGUGGACAAUUGAUGGCAGCUAUUGGAAGUGAUGGGAAUAACCAAAUAUUUCCCAUUGCAUAUGCUAUUAUAGAAGCCGAGACUAAGGAUUCUUAGAAGUGGUUCAUAAAUUUUCUCCUUGAGGACUUGCAGUCAGUUAACAAUGUUCCAUAUGCCUUUAUCACAGAUCAACAAAAAGGACUUGUACCAGCUAGGGCUACUACCAUCUCAGAGUGGGAGAGAGCAAUGAUUAGGCUAAAAGCAUUAAAUGAAGAGGCUUAGAAAGAUAUUAAGGAUGAAAUUCUGGUAUGACAGACUCAGAAUGUUACUCAUGAUGUCAAGACAUCUGAUCUGUUAUCAGCUUAGCAAAGGCAGAACAGAACGAUCCCCAAUUUUUGAUUACUCUGUGAGAACUGGGAUCAUGUUUGUUCAGUCAACAUAACCAGAUUGUAAACUUCAUUGGUUAUGUAAGUGGACAAGCUUUCAAACCUGAACUUGAUGUUAUACACAAUGUUACAACAUACAAGACUGAACAGACAAUACAAUGUAGAAGAUAAAUAACACAAUGAAUUGUUUACCCAAUUCGGUUUAACUACCUACUCUGGAGGCUACCAAGCCAGGAAGAAGAUUUCACUAUUAGUAGUACUAUUUUUUGUAAGCAACCUCUGGUUUACCUAGUCACUACCCAAUGCAACCUUUAUCUUAGAAAUCCAUCUAAGACAAGAGAACCUCUGCUCACUCCCUAGUGAUACCUAACUAUUACAACCCUGCGACAGCUAUUUAAACAAUUAACAAUAAAAACUAACUUGAUCUUGCUUCAUAGCUUCAAUCAAGAACAUAAUACUCAACUCUUACCUACAGGUUUCAAGUGAGAACAAUAAAUUCUCUUACCUACAGGUUUCAAGAAGGACAUGGCAGCCAUCCUUCAGCCUGGGUGGUCUACCUAUACAAACCCUAAUGACUAUAUCUUUUCAAUACACGGUUUGCUCCUAAAACUAGGUUUCAAAGGUUUCUAUUUAUAACCUAUUCCCAAUUGGACUUGGGCUUACAAAUCGAGCACUACUAGUUGUUACAAAUCUGCAUAUAUCUUCUGCUAAAAGAAAGGUCUUCAAUCACAAGUUUCCUAAUUUAUCUCCUAAAUUAGAAACUGCUGAA